AUAUUUCCGUGGGUGAGUUGUGGACCUUGGACCUGCUUCAGGAUUAAUAUUUCCAAUGAACAUGGGAAAAUUGUGUUUACAGACUCUUAAAUAGCAAAUAUGCAAACAAAAUAUUUAAAUUAAAAAAACAUUUAGAUGCGGUAGUUUUUAAGAUUUCCCCUACUUUUGGACAUUUUAAUGGAUGUUGGUAGAAUAAUCAAUAAUGAAAAUAAAUGAUAAAUGAAAUCCUAAAAGUACCCUAAAUACUUUAAUGUCAGUUUUCUUUUGUUUUCUGAUAUCUUUGUAGUUCUUUUCAAAACCGAAAUAAAUAGUUUAAGGAUGCACAAUAAAGGUGAGGCAUUAAUUGUAAUUUGUGUUGCAUAGACAACAUCUGUGAACAUCUUUAAAGUAUAUAACAAAUGGUCCUGGUCAAUGUAGGAUUUGCAAUGAUAGAUUUCAUGCAAUUAAAUAAUUGUGUUUCAGGACUGCACUACAUUUGCAAAUGCCUCUUACUUUGUGUGCAACUGCAAUUUAUUUAACCAUAAUAGCUGCAUUUUAUAAUGCAAUUUUGAUUUCAAGUCGAUCAGCCAUGCUAAAUAAAGAGACCUAGAUGCCUCACAAAGGAUUUCACCAACUUACACAUCUAGCACAGUUGAGGAAUUUAGGUUUGCUCUUUGGAACUCCUGCAAACUAAAUAUAUAUUGCCAUACACUGCAAAGCUCCAUUUUAGCACGUUAUAACAAAACACAGAUUAUAGUCUAUUGGUCAGCAGAUCUCUUGGUGGUGUCAAUGAGCAGUGACCCUGGUAGAUAUUACCUGUCCAUGGUGUGCAUCACUAGCUUGGCCUCAGCUUGACACUGUUUAAAACUAGGCAUCUGCUUUCAGCACUUUGAUUGGAGAAGGCAAGAUAUUUUGUGGAUGGAAGUCUGUUUUUCUGUGUGCGCAUGCAUCCUAUCAAAUACAGACAUACUACAAGAAGUGCUUGAUAGGAAGAUGACGGACUUCAGAGUGUGAAACACAACCAUAGACUUGAAGAGGCUUUUUUUUCUGAUCUUUGAAGGGAACGGAGAGUGGGAGUGCGUCUGUGAUCUUCACUCUGUUGCUAGGGACUUGAGCUAGCUACUGUUUAGCCAUUGCAGAGCUGCCAGGUCAGAGAGACCCUUAGAAUUAGAUGACCUUCAUUUUCUGACCUUGGAGCGGAUAAGGGGUGAUGGGAAUAUUAAUGUGCGGCUUGGCUGUAUAUACAUAACAUAAUUUGACUUAAUUGCGCCACUAGAACAUCCCUGAAAGAGCAGCGGAGUUAAUGUAAAGCAGUGAUGUGUUGCGGUCAACCCCCGUGAUGUUGUGACACCAUUACCCAUUUCCCCCUCAUUCUAAUCUGUAAACCCAAGGUACUUUGUUCUCACUCAUCAUCAUCACCAUCUCCCAAAUUGCCUCCGGUGCAUGUUGCCCUAGGUGACGGUCGCCCUGACAACACUGCCAUCAUCACAAGGGAGAAAGCUGAUGAUUGGUCAUCACUAAGGUGUCACUUCCUGUGAAGAACAUGAUGGGGGUGGCGGCAGGGGGUUCUGAUUUACGUACAUCAGGUGGCACUUUCUAGCAGAGUGUUGAGAGCUUUAGAAAAGGGAACAAAUAUAUAUGUCUCCCUUUUUAUGAAUUAUCCGCAAUCAGGGCCUGCUGCAUCAGGGGACAAAAAGGCAACACUGAUGGGAAUGUUUUUGUUUGAAAAGAGCCACCAACUGGCUAAAAACGUGACAGAGAUGCUGAAGAUACAUUAGAUUGCAGAAUCUGCAAUAUAAGAUGAAAGAAGGAACUUAAUGUGCUCUAAGUGAAAGAAGAUCAACUGGGAUUGUGAAAAGGCAAAACAACAAGGAGAUAUGGCUAAUCUUGAGGAUUUACGGAGCCAAUUAUGUGCACAAAAUUGUGAUUUAAAAUAAAAACCCAUACAUUUCAGUCAGAACAUCUUUUAGAAGGGGAGCCGAAAUGAUCAGAAAGACCUGUUUUCAUCUGGUCCGGCACAAUCUUUUCGCUGGGUUUAGCAGUGUCUAAUAAGGUGUUGAGCAUACAGUAGUGUUUAUCUACGUCAGAGCUCAUUGAAAUUGUGUGCGUUACCUUCAUUUGAAUGAACAAUCGUCUUGAUUCUGCUUACAUUUGCAUAUUUGUAGGUUGAAUGAAAAAAUAAUUGGUGGCUUGAUUGCAACUGUCCCUUUCCGGAGGCUGUGUAGUGUCCGUUUGUGUGAAGUGCUCAUGGCAGUGACUUCACCCUGGGUUUCAAUACUGUCUCUCACUCCAAAUUACAGUUAUUCAGUUCAUCCAUCCACUCCAUGUCUUUGAAGGAUUAUUCUUUGUCAACCUUAACAAGCACUUUCUCUUCAUGCAACAUUCACAUCACUGUCUUUUUCCUCCUUGUCUUUUACUUACACUUAACCCAUCUCUAUCUACUUUGAUGUCAAUCUUCUCUCUUUCUUUCCCUCCCUCUCUCUGCCCCUUUCUUUGCUUUCUCUCUUUUGUUCCAUGGUCCUCCUCCUCUACCUCCAGGAACCUCAGACAACCGUCAUCCAUAAUCCAGUGGACGGGAUGAAGGGAUCAUCAGACAGCAGCAACACCACUGUGGAGGAUGAAGAUGUGAAAGGAAAGAGCUUAGACAACAGCUCGCUUAAGGCGCAAUCCAGCACGAGCUCCCAGCCCGAUAGCUCUCAGGGCUCCUCAGCUGCCGUGUUCUCUACUACCAAGUUUGCUGACCUGCUGGGCUCAGUGCGUAGGGGCUCAGGGCCCACAUCCGACGGGGAAGGGACAUCCUGCACUCCACCUCCCGCUGCCCUCUCCGCCCCCUCCCCUCCACACACCCCCAUGCAGAUGUCUCGGCUCACUGACCUGGUAAGCAGCGUUCGCAGGGCGGCGCCGGCGGCCCCUGCGCUCAAUUCUGAUGCUGCACCAGUGUCUAGCGCCAGGCCCACCCCUCUAAACGCACACACCACCUCCCCACAUCCCCCCCACUCCCCCUCCAGCCCUCCCCUGUCUUCUUCCCAGAUACGCAAACAGGAAAUUAUCAAGAUCACCGAGCAGCUGAUUGAAGCAAUCAACAAUGGAGACUUUGAGGCAUAUGCUAAGAUCUGUGACCCUGGACUCACUUCGUUUGAGCCGGAGGCGCUGGGCAACCUGGUAGAGGGCAUGGAUUUCCAUAGAUUCUACUUUGAAAACCUUUUGGCAAAGAACAGCAAGCCCAUCCACACCACCAUCCUCAACCCCCACGUCCACAUGAUCGGCGAGGACGCGGCCUGCAUCGCUUACAUCCGCCUGACUCAGUUUGUGGACAACCAGGGUUGGCCGCGGUCCAGCCAGUCAGAGGAAACUCGCGUCUGGCAUCGCAGAGACAGCAAGUGGCAGAACAUCCACUUCCACUGCUCGGGCGCCCCGGCUGCGCCACUUCAGUGAGGGUGGAAUGCAAUAUCUUUGUCUGUCGGGAGUGAUCAGCAGAAGGACGAGGAGAGGACGAAAGAACAAGUCCAGUGUCGGUUUGGGGAAAGGCCCCUCAUCAACAAACCCCCCUUCACUGGACGCCCAGCCUCAACCCCCAGCAUGCAUCUCUUCUUAUUUUUAUUCUACUACUACUCUCCCCUUUGCUUGUCACCUGUCCUACAACAUCUUCUGACCAAAUAUCAAACGACAACUCGACAUCCCUCACCACACUGGGUGUUGGGGGGGGGGGGGUGUUCCUUCUUCCUUAUAUCAACCCUCUUGUCCUCCUGUGAAUCUACACUUGUGUGACAUAAAAACUGCACUGGAAAUACGUUAUGUAAAGUUUUAAGUCAAAUCUAUUAUUAUCAUUACUAUAUUAUUAUUAUCAUCACACAGUUGCAAUUGUAUAUGUAAUUUGUAUAAUUCAACAUUUCUGAUGCCAGUGGUUUUUAGAGUCGAAGGGUUUUUUAGUUUUUUCUCUUAUCUUUUUAAGGAAGCAUGUUUUUCCCCCUAUAUUAACAGUGGCUGUUUUUUAUUGUGGCUAUUAAGUGGAAAAUGAUAUUGGCAGUUUUUGGUCAUUUGCUUCUUUAUGUUAGCUAUGAUUCUGCGCCCAAACACAUGCACAUGUUUUUGAUUGUUUUGGGGAGUUCUUUUUUUUGGAAGGGGUGGGUCCGAUGUGUGAAUGUUGAGAGUGAGUCUUUAUGAAAGUGUGAAUGUGCAAAAGGAGAGCCCAUGCAUAGUGCGAGAUGUAAUGACAGUUUGAGGAAUCUGGUGUUUCCCUCGCUGCAACCACCGUAGAAUGGGUUAUCUAAGCUCAGUGUCUUCCUGUCUCAAAAAAACAUACAAAAACGCACGCAAUAGGAGUUUUACCCAGGUCUCAAAAAAGAAUACAUGUUUUCUGUAAGCAAGAAUGUUCCCUUUGUGGUUUUGUACUGCUGCCAUCAUGAGAAUCAUUAGAAUGUUCUUAAUAUUACAAGAUGUUAAAUCUAUGAAAGGACAUACAGACUUAAUUAUUGUUACCUUAUGACAACUUCCACAUGUUCUGUGAGAAAAGCAUCCAGAUAAUAAAGCAGAUGUCAUAGGAACCAAACAUUAUUCAUUUAUUUUUAACUAGAUUCAGACGUUCUUUUACAUAUUUUUGGGGGCUCAUGAUAACAAGUGUAAUAUAUCAUACUGACUUCAAAGUUAGUUAUUGUAAACGCAUGAAACUGAGCACUAUUUUUGCUACAGUUGGAGUGACAUGCUGCCCUUUCUCACACAAUAAUAAUCCAGACAAAAUCUACAUUUUUUUCGAUGUAUGAUUGAGACUUUGCUAGGCAACAGCUGAAUAUCCGCUUGAAGCAUAAAGUGUUUUUCUUAAAAGUCAAGAUAUUUUUAACGCUGAAAUCUCUGUGCUUUGCUGAAAACACAACAGCCGGUUCCUCUUUUAACAAUCAAAAUAACAAAAGUGGAGGAUAGACCUUUCUCACUUCCAGUAACUUUCAGCACUUACACACUUUUGAGUCUUCAUUACUGAUGUGUGUUUAAAGCCUCUACAAGUGUGAGGAGUUUCACGCCAUAGCAUUAGAUCACAAGCUUUGGGCUUCUCUCUUCUGUGGUCUGGUUCCUCAUUCAGAGCCGUCCUAUGGGUGUGUCUGCCAGCAUGUACAGAACGUGUGUGUGCGUGUGUGUGUUCUUUACAAGUCUAUAGAUUAUAUAUUUGAGGUUUGUGUUGUGUGAGGAUGGAAAGAGAAGGCGUUAUUUCGGAGGACAUAUCAGUCCCCUGCCUUCAGAUGUGGACUUUUUAUCUUGUGAAUUUUAUGUUUUUUUUCAUGUAUUGUGUUUUUAUCAGCUUUUUAUGAUAUGAAGUGCUUGUGCCAGCGGUGGCAGGAUUUAUCCGAUUGAGUUUGCAAGACUGAAAACCGUUUUUGUUGGGUUUCUUUCUUGCGAUAAGCUCCUCUGUACUUCGCUUGUCCACCAUUGGCUGCCUUCACGUUUGUCUCGCUCCUAUUGGUCAGACCAAGAUAUAAAAGAGACCGGGCAGUCGGUUUGGUGAAUAGUCCUCAGGUUUCUAUUUAUUUAUUUAUUUUAAGUGGAUAUUUGUACUGUGUUUUUUUUUCUCCUAUUUUACAGCUCAUGCAUUCGUGCAAGUACUGUCUGUCGUUGUUUAAAGGGAAACUGCUCCGUGUAAAACACAGUUUUUAAAGGGAUAGUACACCCAAUUUGCAUCCUGCAUGUGUUUUGUUUUUUUGUAACGACCAACAUGGUGUGAUUUAUUAUUAUUUUCCUGCUUAUUUUCCUCUACAACCUUUGAUUGAAGUUGUCUUUAACAUUAUUUCCGUUGUUUUAUGGUGCCCACCGUUGUCUUCCACUUAGGUCAUUACCAUCUAUCUCUUUGAAUCUCAUAUAAUACAGGAUUGUAUUUUGUCCCAUCAUCGAUCCUUAUUUAGGGGAUGAAGCUUUUAUCAAAGGAAGGAUGUUUUUUUUUUAUCAAGGUCAACCGAUUAGUAGUUAUAAAAUCGUGUCUCAUAAAGUAACAGUGUUAAGUUGACCCUGUACUAAAAGUAAAAGGUCAAAGGUUACCCGCAGGUGUGUUCAAUGCGUGGUCGUGCUGACCAGACUCCCCCACCCCCUUCCAAAAAAAGGAGAUAGCAGCAUGUACAGUACACAGGUGUUGUUCUUUUUUCUUCAUAGUGUGUUUACUACCCUUGAUGAUCACCAUAAUAGUUUCACAAAUGAGGUAGCAGACGGUAAUAAACAACUGCAGCUAACUAGCUAGUUAGCAUCGUAGCUGGCUUUUUUUUUUGCAUGACUGUCAACAGGACACUUGCUGUUUUGCUUUAUAUUUGGUUUCUCAUGUUCUCCUGAAUGCUGGUAUACUCAACCUUUCUCUGUCUAUUUUCUCAGCUUUUUAAGUGCAUAUAACUAUUUUUGUCUCAAAAUGAUAUUGUGAAGUUGAUCAGGAUGUUAAUGAUUGUGGCACCAUGAGGAUGUUGACCGUGAAGAUGAGGAUGUCAUGAAAAUGAGUUUGCAUGCUUUCCUAUGGGGCUCUGUGUUGUCAGUGCAGAAGGGCUGCCUUUGACGUAUCUGAGAAACACAAAGAGGUUUAUCUCUGUAGAACAAGGAGAAGCUCACAAUUUAAUGAUCGAUCAGGGCUGCACAAGUAUGUCCUAAACACCCGUUCUGAUUACAUCAUGAUGUUGAUACAUGACAAUUUCCCCUUGUAUCGCAUUGUAUCAAAAAUACUUUUCAUCACAGACAUGUUUUACAUUUUUAACUAAAUAAAUGUAAAAACUUUGAUAUAUCAUGAUGUUGUAUGAAUGAUUAAAGCUAAUAUGAAAAAAAGCGAUAUACACAUAUAAACUACAAUCACUACUCUCUGCUGCCUUCCUGUCAGCUGUUUGUUUCACGUGAAGCGUUACUGAGUUAAACUGGAGCCUCUGUUUCUCUCUGAACCUCGGCCAUCUUCUUUCUCCAGACAGUGAACAAGUGGCACUGACAACACGGAGCUGGCUCCUCUUCCUCUGGGCUCUUUCCCUCUUUCUCCCAUUCCCUCUGUUUCCAUCCUAACUCCAUCAUUUCUCUGCAGUUGGCCCUUUCUGGUUUCCCAUUGUCUCUUUUUGCCACUUUCUUCUGUACAAUAAUAUUAACCCUCUAGUUCCCUGACUCUUCUGAUUAUUGCUCUGUUCUCUUACACGUGUUUCUAUAACUUCAAGGCAAUGUGUUAAGGUGUUAUCAAUAAAAUGAUCAUUUAAAUAGAAAAGUGAA